AUGUGCAACAGGAAGUACAUCAAAGGUACUUGGAAUAAGACUAAAAUGCUGGCAACCUACAGCCAAGAGAGUUGCGUGCGAAGAGCUCGACAUGUCAUUCAGAGGAAUCCGCCACCUGAAACGCGAGGAAGUGAAGGCGACUCAAUUGGGUAUAAAGCAUCAGCCAACAUCUGCUCCGAGCAGUGCAAAGCUGAUGAAAACAUCAGUUCGGAGCUCAUACAGGACCUCUGCGAUUUAUUUUAUUUCCUUUGGAUUUAUUUGGCAUUACCGAGUCGGUGCAUCCAAGGAGACGCAUCUCUUUUCGGCACUUUAAGUGAAUGUGACUCCACAGCCAUCACUAUACUGGAAUUAAUUGACAUCCCCAGGGAUUUUUGCGCACCUGUUACCUCCACAGAGCGCAAGAUCAUGAUCCCUCCGGGAGACUGCAUGUAUGCGGGCAGAAAGAGGAGGAAGCCCGUCCAAAAACAGAAGCAGUCCUCUACCAAUGAGAAAACCAACCCGUCCAAGCGGCACAGAGACAGGCUGAACGCUGAGCUGGACCGGCUGGCCAGCCUGCUGCCCUUCCCCCCGGAUGUCAUCUCCAAGCUGGACAAGCUGUCCGUGCUGCGCCUCGCAGUGUCCUACCUCCGCGUCAAGAGUUUCUUCCAAGGUAAGAAAAAACACAGCUGGUCGGAGUCUUCACACAUUUCCCAGAGUCAACCGGUCAGUCACUGUGAGCUCAUCAAGUCACCCCCCCCCCGUGCUGUAAUCAUCGGAGGCAAACAUCAGAAGCCCUUCAAUCACUGCUCCUCUCUCCAUUGUUCCUCUCCUCCCAUCGCUGUUAGGCAGUGCUGA